AGGAGCACUCUCACACUAGAGCUCUCAAAUCUCCUUCUACAUCCUUCUGUCUCUCUGCUUACUUCAAUCCUUCAAUGGCAACCAUAAACAAACCACUAAAGCCAAAACCUUUAUCAAAGCUCAGAUCCCCAAUUCUCACUUUAAUACUCUGCAUUUCAGCCAUUGCAUUGUUAUACUUGUUUUUUUCACUAAAUUCCACAGAUGGGUUCUCCUUUUCAUCUCCAAAAUCCACAAGGAACUCUGUAGACAAACCCAAAAGACAACAUACCAUUCAUGAAAAGUACUUGUAUUGGGGUAAUAGAAUUGAUUGUCCUGGUAAACAUUGUGACUCUUGUGAAGGUUUGGGUCAUCAAGAGUCUAGCCUUAGGUGUGCUCUAGAAGAAGCCAUGUUCUUGAAUAGAACUUUUGUGAUGCCUUCAAGGAUGUGUAUCAAUCCAAUACACAAUAAGAAGGGGAUCCUUCAUCACUCUGACAAUUCAAAUUCAGAGGAAAGCAGGUGGGCAGAAAGUUCUUGUUCCAUGGACUCUUUGUAUGAUAUGGAUCUCAUAUCUGAAACUGUGCCUGUAAUCUUAGACAACUCAAAAGAUUGGUAUCGGGUAUUAUCAACAAGUAUGAAGUUGGGAGCUAGAGGAGUGGUCCAUGUGGAAGGGAUUAGUCGAGUUGAUCUCAAAGAGAAUAGUCACUACUCAAACCUCUUGCUCAUUAAUCGAACAGCAAGCCCACUUUCAUGGUUCAUGGAAUGCAAAGACCGAAACAACCGUAGUGCUAUAGCAUUGCCAUAUUCAUUUCUUCCUACAAUGGCAGCAGAUAGAUUAAGGGAUGCUGCAGAUAAGAUUAUGGCACUUCUUGGUGAUUAUGAUUCCAUCCAUGUUCGUCGAGGGGAUAAAAUAAAAACUAGGAAUGACAGAUUUGGGGUUUCUCGAACCCUGCAUCCUCAUCUUGACAGGGAUACCCGUCCAGAAUUUAUAUUCCAUAGGAUUGAAAAAUGGGUCCCACCUGGACGAACUCUUUUUAUUGCUUCAAAUGAGAAGACACCGGGAUUUUUUUCACCUCUCGCUGUCAGAUAUAAAUUGGCGUAUUCAUCUAACUACAGCAUGAUUCUGGAUCCCGUGAUUGAGAACAACUAUGAAUUAUUUAUGAUUGAAAGGCUUAUUCUGAUGGGUGCCAAAACAUUCAUUAGAACAUUCAAGGAAGAUGAUACUGAUCUCAGCCUCACCGAUGAUCCAAAGAAGAAUACCAAGUCAUGGCAAUUGCCUGUUUAUACCAUGGAUGAAGUAGAGCAAGGAAGCUGAUAAAGCAUUUAUAACCAUUUCCCGUUCUGUCUCCAAUUCAGCCCUUGAGUUCUCUCCUUGCAUGCCAUUCUUGCAUAUACGGUCAUUCUAUGAUUAUUCUCAAGUGACAGUAUAGUGUGGCAUACGGUAUACGCUUGGAUUGAUUAUCAUGGACGAGUCUCGUAGCUUUGUUGAAGAUAAUCAGCGUGAUGUUGGUGAUGAGGGCCUAUUAAUUUGCCAAUGUAUAUUCUGAGCUUUCUCGUAAGUUUUAAUACAAGGUUGCAUGCGGUUUCUUAA